AUUGUCUUACCGGAACACGAAAAAGAAUGGCUAACAUCAUACGUGAAGGCGGAAAACUGGAUUACUGAAUCCAUGAAUGAUAUAGAAACUGAAGAACAAAUAUAUAAGGAAGCAAAGCGCUAUAUUAUCAAACAAUUCAACGUUCUCGAGAGCGAGAGUCAGACUGACAAAGCGGAAGGACAUACAACACUU